AGGCAAAUCUUAGGCAGACUGCCGCAUGCAUUCACAUUAUCAUCAACGAGACGUCCAUUAACAUAACCAAGUAAAAGUGCAUGACGUCCAUUUUGUCUGUCGAUUGCAAUUGUGUUGAGUAUUCCAUUGUGUCUCCGUCGUCCUUCCAUCAACAUAGAGUUGUUGAUAUAACGAACUUACUAAUUUUUCUUACAACGACCACCUUUUGUAUUACACCAUAAGUGAGUUUGUCGUGCUUGAUAGGAACUUAUUUGAAAUUUUGAAAAAAGAUGGUUCAGUCGUUUCCAUCUUGCUUUCAUGUGCUCAGCGUGGCAGCUGCACUCGCCGCAUCCGGUGUAAAUGGCCGUAGCCUGGCAGGCUUUACUCCGGCACUUGCACCUUCCACCUAUGCCUCGUCCCACGGGUGUCAGACAGGUUCGCCUACCAAAGAUGGAAACUAAAUUCAAAUGUUGAGCCAAGUUGUUCUCGCAGACAUAAACUAGCCACAAAAAAUCACUCUUCAACAACGGCUCGACAAAAAAAUAAUGUCACAUUCAUGUGCAGUUGUGGAUCUCCAACAACAGUCAGAAUUUGAGAGUGACAACACUCACAGGUAGUUCUUCCCCUCCCUGCUCCGGCGCCACUCGUUUUGCCAAGAACAUAGAUGAUGGCACGAAGACGAACCAAGCUGCUGGAGAUGUUGCUGUAGUUACAAGUUCUACAACAGCUACCGGGAGCUCGUGUAACAAAUUAAGAGCGGGUCGUGUAGCAGCCGCCACGUCUGGAUUGAUGGCUUUGGCUAUGCGUGGAGCAAAUUUGACUGCGAACCGGCGUCGUCGUCCAGUCGUCAAAAAAGACCCGGUCAGACGCGUCGCUGUCACAGUAAGACUGCCAGAAGUUUUGAAGGUAUUGAUACGUUGAUGUCGUCUACUAGUGGGAUGGAAGAAGUUCAUUACAAAAUCACGUUUAUCGAUAAUGCAAGUCGAACUAUGAUGCAACUGUUGCUAUCUACUUGUGCUGCACAUUAUUAAUAGCCCUAUCAUAUUAUUAUUGCUCAAGAACAGGAGUCGCGUGAGUCAAUCAGUCUCAGUCAAUCAAUCAAACAGGUCGAGCCCUCGAAGGAUCAUCAGUCGAGUCCGACGCCGCUGGCUGAUGCUAUGGAAGUCGAUGAAACCAGGGACCCUGAGGCCUCAAAAAGUACUGUGACGGUGUACAUUGUUAUGAGUGCUUGAAUCCAGAGUUGGCUGAGCCUGUGGCUUGAUCAUAUCUGAGACGGAAAAACAACCACAGGAGGUUGUAGAGAGGUAUAGUUUAGUGAUCAUGUGAGAGAAGCGAGGCUUACGUAGUGACCGAAGCACUUAAGGGUCACCGCCUAAGCGGCAUGCCCCUUAAGUGCUUCACUACGUGUUGCUUAAGUGAUGACCGAAGCACUUAAGUGUCACCGCUUAAGCGGCAUGCCCCUUAAGUGCUUCACUAAGUGUUGCUUAAGUGCUUCACUAAGUGUUGCUUAAGUGCUUCACUAAGUGUUGCUUAAGUGAUGACCGAAGCACUUAAGUGUCGCCGCUUAAGCGGCAUGCCCCUUAAGUGCUUCGCUAAGUGUUGCUUAAGUGCUUCACUAAGUGUUGCUCAAGUGCUUCAUUAAGUGUUGCUUAAGUGAUGACUGAAGCACUUAAGGGUCACUGCUUGAGCGAUGCGCCGCUCAAUUGCUUCGCUAGGUGUUGCCUCGCUAUGUGCCUCGUAACUAGUUCCUGAGACACUUAAUCGGGCCGUCCCUUAUGUGCCUCGCGAAGUGCCUCGUGAGGACUAGUGCCUGAGGCACUUAAGGGACGCGUCCCGUAUGUGCCUCUGCUGACGCCUUGUGACUCGCUCCAUACGCACUUCUUGUCUUUCUCUAACAACGAAAUCCCGGAAAGUUCCUGCAAAGGAAUGUGGUGCGGCGCGUUUGAUACAGUGCCUUUCCUGCGCCAACUGGAGGAGUACAUUACGUGGACGAAAAAGGAAGUGAAAGACGGAGACAUCUUACCGUACGAUACCUUGAAGUUAUGAUGAUUGAUGAUAGGUGGAAUAGGUCCUAGUGGUGCCCUAGUGGUGCUAAACACAGAAGUGGUUGAGGUUGACUUGGGUUAAGAAUAUCACGGACACUAUAGUCGCACUCUAAUCAACGAGGGGAUCGAAACGUUGUUAGGCGAGCCGAUUCGCACGAACUUCGGACCACCUGGACAGAGUAACGGAGAGGCCUGUGCCGAUUUCUAUUGUUUUUGAAGCUUAUUAUGUUUGUUGUAAAUAGGCAUUACUUGUGAUGAAAAUAUCCUGUGACUGAAGAAAGAUUUUGUAGUUGUCGUGAAUAUUGAUUUUAUGUCUUCUUGUUUUCAUAGAACGAAAGGUAAUCUCGAAUCACGUGCAUAGGGGUUAUCAUUUUCCUGUCUAAUGAUGUCCAGCGUAACAAUUAUCAAAGGAUGACCCAACAAUUUCUUCGUUGGUGUCAUCGCUAGAAGAUUAAUACACUAAAUCAAUAGGAGAAGACUCGUGACCGCAGGAUCAAGUUUAGUAUUCGUCGCAGCAUCGUGUCUACUCAACUAGUAUUUUCCGCUUUCUGACUACUUUCUCAAUAUUUUGUCUCUUGUUUUAAUCAGCCGUGCGGCAGAGGUUCUAAACUUCUGCGUGUCCUGCGCAUAGCGGCGUUAUCUUCGUGGAAGCUACAGCAUCACUGUAGCUGCGUUGAGUCGUCAGUUUUAUACUGAUCUAAUACCUCCGUAUACUGAUCUAAUACCAUCUUCGAGGAAUCAAUGUUUGUAGUCGAUGUCGCAGUGCUAGACGUCGUCUAUUGAGAAUACAGCCUAAAUCUUUUAAGAAUAAAGUCUAGAUCUUUUGAGAAUAAAGCAUAAAACCAUACUUGUGAAUCAUUUAUUGUGAUUGCAAAUUCAAACAACAAGUGCAUGCUGUAAGCAUAGAAGUGUGUCCUAAUCGGUGAGUAAAU